AUGACAGGUGCAAAGACAGUGCACCUGCCAGGUCUUUGUCUUCGAGGGGCUGGAAGCUGCAGCCAGGGGCUUGCUCAAGAAUUUGCAGGUCAGGCUUUCCAGACUGUCCAGGAAGGUAGCAGGGAAAAGCCCUAUCUCCCUCCAGAUAUAAAAUCCCUCUACUGUGUCCCCGCCAACAUGACCCAGCUCUUCCUGGAGUCUGGCCACAAGAAGAGGAGCACCCUUGAGGGCAGUGAGGUCCGAAGGAUCAUCACUGACUAUGCCAAGAGAAACAACCUGGUGGAUGCAGACAACAGGAAUCUGGUGAAGUUGGAUCCCAUCUUAUGUGACUGUAUCUUAGAGAAAAAUGAGCAGCACGUGGACAUGAAGCUUCCAUGGGACUCUCUCCUGACCAGGUGUUUGAAAAAUCUGCAGCCUGCCUACCAAGUGACAUUUCCUGGCCAGGAACCCAUUAUAAAGAAAGGGAAACUCUGUCCAAUUGAUAUCACCCUUGUACUGAAGACUUAUAAGAAAAAGGUGACUGUGGUCCGGAACUCGGAGACCUAUGGUCUAGAUCCAUGCUCAGUGGCCACCAUUCUCCAGCAGCGAUGUCAGGCCAGCACCAUCGUCUCUCCUGCCCCUGGGGCCAAAGACAGUCUGCAGGUGCAGGUCCAGGGAAACCAGAUCCACCACCUCCACCAGCUAUUGCUUGAAGAGUAUCGGCUCCCUGGAAAAUACAUCCAAGGCCUAGAAAAGGCCCCCAAACCUGGCAAGAAGUGAUGGACUCAUUUUAUGCAGUGGAUCCCAUGGAAACCCAGGUUCUGAGCUGGUAACUGAUGUGAGCAUUUUCAACUUUUGCAAAUAAAAACUGUAAUUCUUUA